AGCUACUGAAGAGACGUCGAAACCGGGAAUUCAACAUGGAACCGACCACAAAGGACGGCGUUACCGUACGCAUUAUGACCCUGGCGGACUAUGAGACCUUUAAGUACGUAUUCGAAGAGCAGUUCAUUCGGGGAGAACCCCUCAGCGAUCCCAUUGCUGCAGCAAUAGACCCGGAAGUAUGGAACUUGUACGAUCAAUAUCAUCAGUCACUGGUUGCCGACGGGACCUGCGUGGUGGCCAUCGACGAGGAGAACGACGGCCGUGUCGUGGGCUUUGUGCUGGCUGAGGGACAGGUCCCCGAGGAUGUGGAGAAGCACCGCCAAGAGGCCGAUGCCGUGGCCCUGCCGGACACGGAUAUCACCGGUCACAUCAGGCGCAUAAACUACGUGGUGGAAAGAGAUGCAAAACUCUACGAGCACUACGGAGUGUCCAAGCUUUUGUACUCCCACUUGACCUGUGUGGAUGUGUCGAUGAGGGGCAGGGGAUUGGGUUCUCGGCUGGCCACCGCCGCCAUGGAACUCGGACGAUCCAAGGGCUAUCCCCUGAUGACGGCUAACUGUACGAGCUUUUACUCUGCCCGACAGAAGGAGGCCUUGGGAAUGGAGUGUAUCUAUUCGCUUAAAUAUGAGGACUACAGGGGUACAACGGGCAAGGUGAUAUUUUCCCCGCCGGCACCUCAUAGGGAGGUACGAGUGAUGGCCAUUAGGUUGUGAGUUAUCUUUCCAAGACUUUAAUGAGUAAUAAAAUG